GACAAGGCGCGCAAGCCGGGGCAGGCAAUAAGGUCAAGAGAGCAUGUGCAUGUAGAUGUGGAAGGGCGGUUGCGAAGGGGGUAAAGACUGCAUAGAUAUACGCUCUCCUGUCGGAGUGGCUGCUGCAGAGUGUGGCGACCCCAAUCCAUCGUCCGCGAGCGCCGCCGAGCCUGCAUAGUCUAAAGCAUCAUCAUGGAGGAGCCAUCCCAACAGCAGGGGCUUUGGUUUUGGAGGGACAGCUGCAUAAACGUAGCCAACAACAGCGACUACAAGGUGUCGUACUGGGUAGAGCAGGAGUGCAAGAUGAAGACGAGGGCCGUCCAGGAGACGGUCGUGAGCACGAUGGACACCAAGCUCAACGGGAAGGCAAAGAUCGGCGACGACGGCGGCGGCGGAGCGGAUGGCGAAGGCGGCGGCGGUGGUGGUGGUAUCGUCUCGGCGAUGAUGGACGGAGGAGGAGGCGGAGGGCCAGGGGCGGAAGUGCGGGCAGCCAAGAGGGCCAAGACGGAAAAGACGGUGUGCACCGAGAAGACGGAGGUGUCGUACUUCUUGAUGAAGGACCACAGAAUGGAGCCAAGGCGAGGCACGCCUCCCACGACCGUGUAUUUCCCCGAGGGCUGCAAAAACCUUCGAGUCUACGCUUUCUUCCAGGCAAAAGACGGCCAAACGUGGAAGUCAUACAAGGACAAGGUUUACUCCAUCAACGGACGAAAAAGGGAGUAUACGCUCACUGCUCUGAACGUCAACAUCAAGCCGUACAUCUGAAGCGCAGCGUUGGUGCUGCUGCCGACCUGCUGCGGCGGCGCUUUUAGACCUGUAACAUAGCUUACGCGGGCGCCAUUUACACGCAACCCUAUUGUUUUGUUUUGUCGAAAGCGCUCCGCCUUCGCUCUUUGUCGCUAAUCUCCUUUUGGGUCCGCGCUUGUAGCAAGGAGCCAAGGAGGGUGAGUUGCGGUGUCCUGUCCGGUGUUUUCUUGCCGGUGCUUGUCAAGUGGACUAUUGAGCGUUUCAAGUCUAGUGGAUGUGUGUGACGCAGGAGGAAUAAUCUUUGCUGCUGUCGUCCCUCACUAUACGUCGGGGGGGGGUUCUUUAGAAUGUGAUUUUGGUUCGGUAACCCAGCAAGUGUUUGUCAAGCUGUUCCAAAAUGUCUCCGCGUGCCGGUGUAUUGCUCUCAUAUGGUGGUGAUGUGCUUUUUGUCCAUAUGUUUUGUCUCUUAGGGUAUUCCAAUGUUCCAAUGUCGUUCGUUUGCUUAUUUAAUUGUGGUCCUAAUCUGCUGUUGUUUUUUUUUUUUGUGUUGUCCACAUUGCUCUUAUUGUAAACCGCGAAAAUACGCGAAGACGGGCGCAAGAUUUUUCGCGCUC